AUGGUGAAAGCCUGUCAUAGCAGUUCAGCGGCAUUGCUUUCGCUUUUCUUCUAUUGUGUUCUGUUCCUUCAUUUUCAUCUAUUCCAUGAGACCAACAACGAAAUGGAAAAUCCUCGGCGAUAUACCUCUAGUCUUUUCUAUAAAGACGCAGCUCAAGCCACACCAAUAACGACGGACCCCGACCAACAUCUAACUCCAAACGACGACGGGCCAAACUCAUCCAGUGAUGCUGCCACUUCAGCUAUACCUCCAAGUGGUCUAGAUGAAGGUUCGUUUGUCAUGCACGAUUCCAUUCAAACCCCUUUCUUUAUUGGUGCCGGGCUGGGAACUACCGGCACGACAGCAGUGUACAAUGCCAUGUGUUUACUUGGCUUUCCAUCCGUUCAUUUUCGGCGCAGCUGCAUCCACCCACCAAUGAUGUCCAAUGGCAGCGGCCAUACAAUGGCUUUCAACAGAGUCAACGAUUCCGUAAAUGUUUUUCACUUUGCUAGAGGUCGGUCUGGUAAGAGCAUGAACCAACUCCAGAUGGAGGCUGCCGAAAAGAUGUUAUUGGUAGAAGAGGGCCUUUCGGCCCAUACACGACUACUCAAAUCAUGGCGAUCUUUGCGAGUAUGUGCCAGAAGAAGCCGACAGCAGCGAGAAGAUAUAUUGUCCAAUUUUAGCUCGUCGCGACUACGGGGAGGAUGUUCUAACUUUACUGGCAUUGUAGACAACUUGAAUCAGCAUGCUUCUCAAGUUGUAGCAAGUGGACUCGCUUUUGUAACGGAUACGCCUUAUCCAUUCUUGAUCAACUUUUUGAGCCAAGUCGCUCUCAAACACCGUCCUAAUACAGUAAUCAUCUUGACCGAGCGAGAUCCCGAAGCUUGGGUGAAAAGCCGACUACGCCACCACAAUGGCGAAUCGGAUCUCAUGUGCUUUGAAACUACUGCAAUAGCCGCCGCCUUUGAUUUGCAAGAGUGUUUGAAACGAAACGAAAACCUACAGCAGCUAUCAACUGAAAGCAGUGAUACAACAAUGUCAAAGCGACACUAUCAUGUUCAGAAUCUUGCCUUUCAACAUUCGGAAAUUAUUGGUGACAAGAACAACUACUACUCGGCAGCAGAAAAGGACUACUACCGUUCCUUUCUCGCAAAGGCGGUGAAGCAGCACCAUGCUCGUAUCAAAACCAACAAGAACAUGACGGCAUUGAAUUGGCCAACCAUUGUCAUCAAUCUUUGGGCCGAAGAUUUUCCAACGGUACCGGACUUGGCUCAAGCUCUCUGGAAACGAAUGAAACCAAUAUUGCCUCCCGAAAUCCUUUUACAAUAUGAAAAUGCAACCCCAUUGCAAAGCCUUCGACGCUAA